AUGCCGAGCUGGAAGAGGAAGAAGUACCGCCGGAACAAGAAGCUCCGGGCUCGGGCUGCCGAUACACAGCCCUCCGGUUCAGAAGUGGAGAAGCAUGUUUCUCCGGGGCAUCCUCCCAGUCCUCCACCAGCACUCCCAAACUUCCAAGUCCUGCCAACCGAGCUGCGCUUCGACAUCUGGUGCCGUGUAGCCUCGCCUCCGAAGUGGCAACCCAUUCGCCGCUGGAUAGCUCUCACUUACCACGUUGAGUACGAAACGCACGACUCGGUCAAAGUUACCCGUCCUGAGACCAUCACCGUGAGGCCUGGCCAACCAGACAAUCUCUUCGUCAACACGGAAGCGCGCGAUGAGACUGAGAGGUUCUUCAGAGAUGAGAAGCGUCUCCUCACCGUGGCAAUGUCAGACAAAGAUCCUCCGAGACAGAUUCACUUCAACUACGACUGCGAUAUCCUAUACCUCCCCGGCGAGAACGCCGUAGCUACAUCGAACGCCGCAGAGACCAUGGCCUUUUGGAGUACCUCCUUCGCUAUUCCCGUCGAGCAGCGUGACCGCAUCCGCCACCUAGCUAUUGGAUACUUCAACGAAAAGAGCCUAAGCGUCCAGCAUGCUAGACUAGCGUUCUGCGAGGGGCUGCGGAAACUCGGGCACUUGAAAUCAUUGAGAAUGGUCAUGAAGAAGAUUGCUAGAGGCCCCAUGCCGACGGUGUUCGAGCGGGAGCACGGAGGUCAGCCUGAGCUGUUCUUUCGUAGGAUGGUCGAGGACUUCCGGCAGAAACAUCAAGAGUUCUCUAAAGUGAGGGUUAUGGUAUGCCAUGAGGGCAGUCAGGGGCGGACUGGCCAGGGAGCUCGGCGAAGGACAAUUCUUGAUCGAGAGUCCGAGGAUGAGGUAGGUGGAGAUUGA